GUGUUGACAUGUCGGAGACACCGUUUCUGUAGCGGUUUAAAAAAAAAAGAAGAAGGAGGAAAGAAAACGUUCAUAGUGAACUCCACAGGGUCUUAUUCGCUAGACUCACACUUUGUGGAAACGUACUUUUCGAGCGGGAGAGAAACCUGUUAGCUGGAAAGUUAGCUAACAAACUAGCCGACGCUGUUGACCAUCUGUGACCAGCAGCUUAAAACAAAGGACUGGACAGAACACCUGUGCAAAUCUUUGGAAACACGCUUACACCAGGUGAGUCAGGAUGGCCCAGGGGAUACCAGACGAGGUGAUGAUGAACACCGCUCUCGUAAAAGAAUUGGCCGACGUGGCAAAAGACGCAGCGCUUCUGCAGGGCGUCCUGAUGAGGAUCCAGGAAUCCCCGAACUCCUCAGAGUUGGUGACCUACGCUCCCUUCACGCUCUUCCCCUCGCCUGUGCCGAAGGCCGCGUUCCUGCAGGCUCUGGCUGUGCAGACGCAUUACAACACGCUGGUGGACAAGAUCAGCCAGGACUCAGACUUUCUGCAGGAGGCUUUAGCCAGCACCAUUGAGGUGGACGAUUUCACUGCGAGGUUGUUCAGGAUCCACCAACAGAUCCUAAAAGAAGGAAGGACUCAGACUAUUAUGUUGGGUCUGAACCGCUCUGACUACAUGCUGGACCAGACGUCGUCUCUGAAGCAGAUAGAGAUUAACACCUUCGCUGCGAGUUUCGGAGGCCUGUCGUCGCGUACGCCGGACGUACACAGACACGUCCUGAAAGUGGCCGGCAGGCUGGAGGAGAGUCGGCGCAUCCUGGACAACAAUCCUGCAGCGGGUCUGGCCGGAGCGGUCGCCAAAGCCUGGGAGCUGUACGGCUCAGAGAGAGCUGUGGUCAUGUUCCUGGUGGAGGAAAACCAACGGAACAUUUUUGAUCAGCGAUACAUCGAGAGUGAACUAUGGAAGAGAAACAUUUCCACAAUAAGAAAGAGGUUUGACGCCGUCUGUAAAACCGGAUCCCUGGAUCAGGACAAGAGGCUGUUUGUUGACGGCCAUGAAGUCGCGGUGGUUUAUUUCAGGAACGGUUACAUGCCUCAGAACUACACUUCUGAACAGACCUGGGACGCUCGUCUUCUGAUGGAGCGCUCUCUGGCCGUGAAGUGUCCCGACAUCAGCACCCACCUGGCCGGGACCAAGAAGGUCCAGCAGGUUCUCGCCAGGCCUGGAGUUCUGGAGAAGUUCUUCCCUGGGCAGCCUGAAGCCGUGGAGCAGAUCAGGGCCACGUUCGCCGGCCUCUACACUCUGGACAUGGGCCCAGAGGGGGACAAAACUGUGGCCAUGGCUUUGGCGUCUCCGGACCGGUUCGUCCUGAAGCCCCAGCGAGAAGGAGGAGGGAACAACAUUUACGGAGCGGAGAUCUGCCAGGUCCUGGAGGAGGUGAAGGGCAGCGAGGAGAGGAUGGCCUACAUCCUGAUGGACAAGAUCCAACCCACCCCCCUUCACAACUACCUGCUGAGACAGGACGGGCCGCUCCAAAUAAGCAACUGUCUCAGUGAGCUGGGGGUGUUUGGAGCAUACGUCAGGCAGGGGAAAGACAUGGUGAUGAACGAGUGCGUUGGCCAUUUGCUGAGGACCAAGAGCUCAGAGCACUCGGACGGGGGAGUAGCAGCAGGAGUGGCCGUCCUGGACAACCCUCUGCUCGUCUGAGAACGUCUACCUGUGAGAAACGGACCACGCCGGAGCAAAAACGUUCCCGUCGCACUCCAACGUCACGACGACGCUGCAGCAAAACGUGUGUCCUCAGUGUAGUUUAAUCAACCGGUGUCUGAUAGAAAAAAGGUUCUGCAGGAUUCCACCCACUCAUCCACGACGUCUGGGAUGGUUCUCAUUCAACCAGGUGACGGUAGAUCCACAAAACAUUAUGACCACCUUCCUAAUAUUGUCUAAGUCUCCAUUGUGCCUCCAAAACAGUUGUGACCCAUCAGAGAACGGACCUGGACCUUCUUCAUGUAAUGUAAUAAUGUUAUUCCUGACAUCAGUUUAUAAUCCAGUCUGAACAAGAAGUUUCACACCUUGAGACUCUUGAAGGAAACUGGAUCUGAGUUUCCUCCAACCACAGGUAUUUAUCUGUUCAUUAUCAGACUCUAUGAGUUUCUGAUGGCGGCCCCAGAUGUUCCCAUUUAAACCCAACUCUCUGCUUCUUUUAGAACUAAAUGAAACGUCUUCUAAAAACUCUACAAGUCCAGUUGCUCUUGUUUCAGCUUGUUUUAUGUUUUAUUUUUUGGGAGGCAGCAGACAAAUGUUUUCAGGCGUAGCUCAGUAUUAUUCUCAGCGCUUCCACAAAGAUUCCUGAAGACCAUAUUUUAGUUUUUUGAAUUGAUGGCGAUUCCUUUCAGAAAGAGCUUCAUCCUUUCAAACACUCAUUCACUGACCAAUGCAACCAAGUUCAUUUCUUCACUGGAACAUUUCUGUUUCUGCCAUCGGUCACAUGCAAAGUGCGACUAGACUGCCACCUGGUGGCUGCAAGCGUCUUUACAGUAUGUGACGUUGGGUUCCUCUGCAGAAUAUAAGUCACAAUGUGGAAAAAAUAAAAAUAAACAGAACCUUUGCACAUAAUUACUUAUGCAAUGCCACUGAAAUAAAUAAAUAAAUAAAAUAGGAGCAAAAAUUAAAUAACUAAAUUGCAAGUUAGUAGUGGAAUCGAUUAUAUGGGCUCAACAGACAAAGAUUUAAAAAGACAAACAUAUCCUCAGAAAAACAUGACGGCGUCUUGAUUUUGUUGAUUUUUGUUCUGCUGGAACUGGGAACUGGUGAAACUUUCUACCAAAAUAAAAAAUAUAUAUAUAUAUUUUUAGAUUUGAAAUCAACAGGAACCAUGUGGUUUUCAAGCUUUUGAUUGUAUGUAACUGAUUAAGAUGAUUAAGUCUCAUUUGAUUAGAGAAGCUUCGUAAAUCAUGAUGUAGGUUAGAAUAAAAGGUCCUGAGUAGAAUCAGCUGACGGCUUCUAUGUUAUCACAGUGUGUUUUAUUCUGAUGACUGAGUGAGAUAAAACCAUUUUAAAUAUAAACGGAUACGACGACGUUUGGCUGUGAUUUAUUAAACAGUCGUCUACAUUUAUCCUUUAGACUGAUCGUAAUAAACGUUUUAUUAGUUUGAAACUGCAGUUUUUUAUACCUCAAAAUUUAAACUUUAAAUAACUUCUGUUAUUAUCAUUUCACUUCUUUUUGUUUUAUUCAUUUGUCGUCUUUAUUUAUUAUUGUAAAUAUCCCUUUGUUGGAGUUACAGAACUAAGUGAAGUAUAUGUGCUCUAUCAUUACACCCUGUGUGACAGUCGCGUUUUCUUUUGUGAUGUUAACGUGUAUUAAAGGAAAUGAAGUUAAAAAAAAAAACUGCAGUUUUAAUUUAAUAAAUGUGGUGAAGAAAAGGCGAAGUACAAAUGUAAUUAACUACAUUUAACCAUCAUGACUGUAUAAAGUUGGAGCUGCAGAUAGUUUUGACACACACAUAGAAGAUUAUUUCAGGUCACUGUAACGUCAACGCUGCUACGUCUGUUUGAUUUCACGCUGAGAACCGAGAGAGAAGUUUUCACUACACAGUAAUUCUGUGUCGUAUAUUUAAGGGUUAAUAUUUUGACUGUGUUACAUUAUCUCCUCUGAUGCUCUUGACCAAAUGAUACUGAGCUGUACAUUCAAUCAAGAAAAUAAAUGGGAUGUGUUUAAGGCCAAA